AUGUCUCCAAACAUGACUUGUGAAGCUCUCCAGUCUUUUUGUCCCAGGCUAACUGUGGCUAAAAGAAAAGAGGCUCUUGAACUCAGAAAGACUAUGAAACCUCUGAUGGAAAAAAGAAGGCGCGCCCGCAUCAACGACAGCCUAAACCAUUUGAAAAACCUCAUCGUUCCCCUCACAGGCAGAGAUAAGACUCGCUACUCCAAGCUUGAGAAAGCCGACAUCCUGGAAAUGACUGUGAGGUUCCUCAGCGACAUCCCCCCUGUUAACACCAAAAAUUCUACAGCCGGUUACAAGGAAGGCUACACAGCCUGUCUCCAGCGCGUCUCCGCUCUGCUUCCCAAAACGAGCCUGGAUCAGGACGCGUGCCAGCGGGUGAAGGAGUUCGUCCAGCAGUCCACGUCAGCCACGUUCACCCCAUCCUGCAUGAACUGCUGCGCUCAGAGCACCAGGGCUUUCCCUCAGAUUCAACAAAGACUCCUGAGCCUAAAAUCCAGCUUCAGCUCCAGACUGGACAGCCAGUCCCGCAGCGGCGCAGUAGUUCCCAGCCGAGGGCAGCCAGGCCCGCAGGCUGUCAGCGCUGCCAUGUGGAGACCCUGGUAG